AUGAGAGAUUUCAUCCCUGGUGACCCAAGUGAUACCCUGGCUGCCCUUUUGCAGUGCCUGGAAGCCGUGGGGGCCUGGAUGGGGGACAACAGGCUUCAAGGGAACCCUGCUUCCUCCAGCCCUGCUGCCAAGGUAUUUUGGGGAAUGGGCCCGAAGAGGGUGGCCCUCAUCACCUGUCUUAUCAUCCUCAUUGUGCUGCUGGUUGCCCUUAUCCUGCUCUUUUUGUUCUGGCGGUCCAGCACUGGCAUUGUGUACAAGCAGCCAGCGGAGAGCUGCACUGACCAUGCUGUGCGGUGCGAUGGGGUUCCUGACUGUUCUCAGAGCAGUGAUGAACUGGACUGUGUGCGCUUUGGGUGGAACCAGUCCUUGCUCCAUGUCUACUCAGGAGCAGAGAGGCAGUGGCUGCCUGUCUGCAGUCAAGCCUGGACGGAGGCCUUCUCCCGAAAGACCUGUCAGCAGCUGGGAUUCCUCAACACUUCCGACACAGAAUAUGUCCCUCUGUCGUUUUCUGGGAAAAGUCUUGUGGCUGGUGAGAUGCGAAAAACCAUUCAGCAGAGUCUCAACAGAAGCUCCAAGUGCCAUUCUGGAAAGCAUGUUUCUCUCCGAUGCACAAACUGUGGGCAACGGAUAUCUGGCCGCAUUGUGGGAGGCACUGAAGCAUCAGCCAGUAAAUGGCCUUGGCAAGUGAGCCUCCAAUAUGGCUCUGUUCACAUCUGUGGUGGCACUAUCAUUGAUGCGCAGUGGGUGAUGACUGCAGCCCACUGCUUCUUCAUAAAUAGCGUGAAAAUCCUGGAUGAAUGGAAGGUCUAUGCUGGUAUUUCUGAUCUCAAGCAGAUGAAGGAGGGGAUCCUGGUCUCUGAGGUCAUCAUUAAUGCUAAUUACAGUGAUGACCAUGAUGACUAUGACAUUGCCCUGAUGAAGCUCUCCCAGCCUUUGGGCCUCUCAGCUCAGGUUCGCCCAGCCUGCCUUCCCAUGUCAGGCCAAAGGUUUCUUCCUGGGAGGGCCUGCUUCAUCACAGGCUUUGGCAAAAUCAGUGAAAAUGAAGAGAAUACAUCGCCCAAGCUGCGGGAAGCAGAAGUGAAGAUCAUUGACUAUCGGCUCUGCAACAGCCAUAAUGUCUAUGAGGGAUUCUUGACCCCCCGGAUGAUGUGUGCUGGAUUUUUGCAAGGGGGCAAAGACUCUUGCCAGGGCGACAGUGGUGGCCCCCUGGUUUGUCAGGAUAGUAAUCGAUGGUACUUGGCUGGGGUCACCAGCUGGGGAACUGGCUGUGGUCAGCAAAACAAGCCAGGCGUCUAUACCCAAGUCACCAAGUUCCUUGGUUGGAUUUACAGCCAAAUGGAGGCUCUUACUGAUGAGAGAUGCACUCGCUUCAGACAUGAAUGGCACUCUGCCCUCUUUACCUGUGUCCAGAGGACCCCCGCAGCCCACCAGCUGCCACAAUUCUUGAAAGCACAGUAUGAUUCGGAUCCUUCUUGA